UUCAUUGCAUGUUAGAUCCCUGCAAGAGGUUGUCAAAUUAGUGUUUAUUGCAUUCGAUUCGGUGCAUCCGUCUUCCAGUGUAGAUUCUUCCCUGAGUUGUCCAUAUUAAAACGGCACGAAAUACUCGACGUAUUACAGUUUAUUGCUACGAAAAUUGCGAGCGUAUAAGAGAAACGAAAAUUAAUCGCAAUGUUAACUUGACUCCCAUCAGUUUGGAUCCAAACGAUACAUUUACAACAGUCUAACAGGAAAAAUUUGCAUGUGACCUAAUUACAUCCAGCAGUGUUUGGUGCUGCGAAGGGCCAAAUUCGAUAAACCAGCACAGCCCACUGGAAAACAAAAGGAAUGAUUCCUUGGGUGCGGGAAAAAAUUGCCGAACGGAAAGCUCGUUGGCAGCAAUCUAGGAAAGCACAACGAGAGGCAACGGCAGCUGCUUCGGCUGACUCCGGUGGAUCGCCCAGUAGUGCAAGUGGUUGUUCCUCUGUGACAGUCGCGGCAUCGUCUGCCGGAUCAAGCAACCGAGGGAGCUCUUCGAGGAACUUUCGAUUUUCCAGCAAACACGGAAAUCAACAGCAGCAGACAACAACUUCUACGGAUCGAUUGAAAGGAAGUAGCAGCUGUAGCAGUACUGGUUCCGAGCGUGGUGCAGCUGAUCACGGAGAGAACCACCAAUCGAUUCCUCUGAAAAUUAUUAGUCCCCGUGGUGGAAUCGUUAGUCUUGAUGUGCCUCGAGGGUGCAAUGGAACACAACUGAAAACUCAAGCACUGGAGCGGUUUGCCUGUUGUUCGUUCUCUCUGCCACAUUUUUCUUCAGACCUUACCGAAUUGGUUGAAAGGUAUAAACUUAUUAGGGCACGAAAUAGGGUUGUUUUCCUGGAUGGUGAUACACUGGAGCAGCUUAAUGUGCGACCCGAAGAAGAAUUCAUGUUGGUGGUCAAGCGAACUGAUUUCAUUUCUCCAGAGGAAAAUACCAAAGGACCCACGAUGUCUGAGGUGUUAGCCGCCACCAAGCAUGUCCCAUUGUCACGAAGCAAUCAAUCAACUGCGAACCUGAAUUUGGCUGCCUUACAAACGGAUUUGCAGCAAGACCUCCGGCGAAUAUUAAUUUCCUUGGCACGCGCUUCGGCAUUUGUUAUUGGUUCGGGGCCCUGUGCAGACAAAUUGAUUGUUCUGUUCAAGCAACGCCUAAUCAAUCGUCGUCGUCAUCAGGUGCGGUCGAUAGAAACUCUUCUGGAAAUGGGAUUUUCACUAGACAAAAUACAUCAAGCUUUAGAAAUAUCGAAAAACAUCUUCCCAGCUGCACUAGACUGGUUGAUCCAGAACGACAGUUCGGUGAAGUUGUAUGACUGUGAUAAAAUUAGCCCUUCGUCGAAGGAUACCGGUAAUCCGAACAACGAAGCUACGACUAGCAGAGGAGAGCACAACCGUAGUCCUAGCAAACACUGCGAAAAACAAAACAUCGAACAACCACGACAUACCUCUAUUGAAUCGUCAUCGAAAAGUCCUAGUCCUGCAAAUGAUACUGCUGCUGUGGGUCAGGAGAAUACAGUCGAGGAGAAUGAGAGGACACAGUUUCAGAAAAAAGUCGAAAACGUUGACGCGCUGUUAGAUAUUAUAAGGCAAUAUUCCGAUCGUGAUGUUUAUCCGACGUCGGAAACGGUCACUUCAAUUGUUGAGAUGGGUUUCAGCGAAAAAAGUGUGCGGGAAGCUUUAAUUAUGACUAGAAAUAAUCAGGCAGCUGCUUGCGAAUGGUUGUUGGGUAACAGAAGCAAAAGUCUAACGGAGCUACGGGACGGUUUGUAUCCGGAUUCUCCCAUUCUGAAGGUGCUGCUAGCCUCCGCUCAAGUACAAAUUAGUUUAGGCAAUCCAAAGAUGUUCAUUGCACUCCUAUCUAUGCUUGAUAACUCAUCAACGAUGACCAUGUGGCUUAGUGAUAGCGAUACUUCCGCUGUUCUCGGGCACAUUUUGCGGACGUACCACGAGGAAAAACACAUUGUGGCAAUCAACCAGUUUAGCAAUGCACAAAACAUGAACUAAUCACUUGCAGUACCUAGAAGUAAACCGAAAACUAUUUAUGCAAAUUUAAGAAAGACAAAAUAAUGUAGUGGUAACAAAAAUUAAACAAUAAGUAAUAGUUUGGUAGAAGCUGCUUUUACGAGAAGCUUUUUGCAUUUGAUCCUGAUUUAAUUCGGCCAUCUUCGUGAUAUACGGCAAAAGCUUAACAUUGUAGUAUUUUAUUAAUUACACGCAGUGCCAAUUACCGGAUUUUAUCGGAAUAUAAACGGGAAAUGCUUUCAGCACGAUUGAAAUUUUCUGCAGUACAUGUAGAGUGUAUUCAUACACGCGAUAUCAUAAUUUAAGGAUUAGCUGAACAAAAAAGCGGGCAGAAAGGGUCCAAUUCGCAAACACCACUAAGACAAAAUGCACCUAAUAAAGGCACUGCACUGCAUUGUGAUAACUUUCGAAGGAAUAAAUAUAUAAGAACCGUA